AUGAGCUGUGAAAGUAGUGGAUCAAUAUGGGAUAUAAAACGAGCGAUAUCAAUGUGUAAAUGGAGCGCACCUAGCCCAGCGCCAUUGCCGCGCGGUAGACAAGCCAUCAAAGGUCAAACGACAAUUGAAUUGAUAAAAAAGGAAGGUUGUCCACUUGGUUUAACCAUAUCAGGUGGUAUUGACAAAGAUGGCAAACCGCGAGUAGCACAAUUAAAACCGGGCUCAUUGGCUCAAAAAGCUGAUGUUUUGGAAACGGGAGAUAUCAUCAUUGGAAUCAAUGGUGUAAAAACAGCUGGUUUGAAACACGAGCAAAUCAUCGAUUUAAUCAAACAAGUCGAAGAUCAACUAACAUUAGACAUCGAAUAUGAUUUACCAAAAUGGCCUUUGCACGCUGUGAAUACAGUUCAAACGAAAACAAUACAGAUUCAAUUGGAAAAAGAAGGGCAAAGCUAUGGAUUCAUUCUUCGUGGUGGACAUUCAGAUGAUAAAGGUCGAAUGCGACCACUUAUUAUAACAAAGAUACGACCUCAAGGGCCUGCUGAUAAAGAAGGAACAUUGAAAAUUGGCGAUCGAGUGCUAGCUAUUAAUGGAAUUAACGUUAGCGGAGCGACAUUAGAAGAUGCUCAUAAUAUCAUGAGGCAAUGUCGCGGUACAACGCUAUUUCUCGUUGAAUAUGACGUAGCUAUUGUCGAGAGUGUUAAACACGCCACUGGCCCAUUACUGAUUGAAAUUGAAAAGUCUCUUGGAUCUACCAUUGGUAUUAAUCUCACUCAAAAAUGGAUUCGCAGUAAUCGAUCAAUCAUCGUCAUUGAUAACGUUAAACCUGCGAGUAUCGCUGAUCGUUGUGGAGCAUUGCAUAGUGGCGAUCAAAUUAAUGCUAUAGACAAGAAAUCUUUUGAUGGAAUCUCAUUAAUCGAAGCCAAUGCCAUCCUUCGAGCAUGUACAGGCGACUUUUGUCAUAUUGAAGUAACACCUUCGAGCGCAUUGGCUUCAUUACAUAUGAUCGUUGAACAGCCCCAGAGUCGAGCUCCGAUCAACGAUAACAAUCAUUCGUCUUUGUACCGACCAUCAGUGCAGAUAAAUAGUUCGAUGACACGCAGUAAUUAUCAUACUCAAAGUCGUAAAUCACUUAAUAAAGCACGGCAAAACUCAAUGAGUUCGCUUAAUUCAUGUUAUCAAACUUUACUAAGCAAUCAAAUGUGCCAUACAGAAACUAUGGAAUGUACGCUUCAAGUCGAUUCGCUAUCAUCAAAUCGAAGUUCACCUGAUGACGAAGCACUCGGAAAUUUUGGGUUCACACUUCAAAAUGGUUCAUAUGCAUCUGAUUUACUGUUACAGCCGCCAAUCAUUGGAUAUUUGGCUCCCGGAGGUGUUGCGGAAAGAUCUGGUAUUCUUCAGUUAGGUGAUCGUGUUCUUGCAAUUAAUGGUCAAGCGCUAGAAGGUGUAUCGUUAGAAGAUGCUCGACUAUUGAUUAAAUCAUCUACUCAGCAACUACAUCUUGAUAUCGAAUUCGACGUUGCAGAUUCUGUAAUGUUGUCCUCCGGCGUAUGUCAAGUGAAAAUCUUACGUAAAAAUUUGGACUUAGGUUUAUCAGUUACUUAUUCUCGUACCGAAGACGUGCCCAUCAUCAGUGACGUCAAACGAGGCAGUAUCGCUUAUCGAUGUGGAAUGAUCCAAGCAGGUGACCAUCUGUUAUCUAUUGACACGCAUUCAUUACGAGGCAAAAAUCUCAGUGAUAUUCAUGCAUUAUUAAAAACUUGCGAUGAUAUCGUCCGAUUACGCAUCAAGAAAGAUGACGUCUAUUCGGAAGAUAAUCUUUGUGAAAAUGUUGUCGUCUACAAAGUUCAACUACUUCGACAGGGUGGUCCACUUGGCUUGACAAUAUCGGGCAGUGAAGAUGUAUUUCAACCGAUUAUUGUGUCGGAUUUAUGCGAAGGUGGAUUAGCUGACAGAACAAAUGCAAUUCAUAUUGGUGAUCGAAUUUUAGCAAUAAAUGAUGUCAGUCUACGUGGUAAAGGACUUAAUCAAGCAAUUAAAUUACUUCAGACAAGCGGCGAUGAAAUAACAUUGAAAAUAUCUCGAUUGCUUCAUCCGCAACAAAAAGAUUACACACCAUCAGUAGACUCGGCCAUCGAUUCUUGGAGUAGCUCAUACACAGAUAAUCGCCUAAGUGAAAACGGUGAGAUAGCAACAAAGGAUAUAAUUAUCAAUGAACAUCAACAUUAUCAAAUACCGAAUCCUAAUGCGAAUCCUAGCGAUUUCGUUCUUAAACAUCGAACACAUUCAAUGUCAUCAGUCAAUCAUUCGCGUCCACUUCAUAUGAGUUCGUCGACAACUGGAUCGUAUCGUACACCACCACCGACAGUUAGUCGUUUACGUCAUUCAGAUAACGAUCGUUCACUGACAUGUGGUCUCGCCGAGAAAGCUAUGCGAACAAAUAUUUACGACACUAAAUAUGAUAACUAUGCACGAUAUCGAACAGCGAUUGACACAGUUACAUUAAUACUUAAACGUGAUAAGCGUGUACUUGACUUUGGCUUCUCAAUAUCUGAUCGUCUUUAUGGCACAGGUGUCUAUGUAAAUAAGAUUCGACCCAAUGGUCCAGCUGAAUUAGAAGGAACAUUAAUCCCGUGCAUGAGAAUUUAUAAAGUCAAUAAUAUCGAUGUCACGCGUAUGGAAUGUAAUCAAGUUGUCCCAUUAUUGUCAUCCUCACCGGAUGAUUUAACACUGAUUGUUGGCCGACGCCCAGCACCAAUGUUUGACGAAACAGAUGAAUUCUACGAAAUGGAUGAAAAUGAAGAUGAACAUCGAUCAUCAUUAACAGCUGAUGGAUCUCUCAAUGACAAUGGUAAUCCAGUCCUAGAUACUACUAAUUCAUUUUCGCUUCAUUCACAAUCGAAAACGAGCAUUAUAUGA